UUGCAAUAUGAAACAGGCAAGAAUUACACGGCUUCAUCCUAUUUUAAGUCCUCCAAAAAAUGAAGAAGUAAAUUAAAUUUUAUUAAUAUCUAGGCACCUUUCUUUGAUCCAUGUCCAAAGUUUUAAAAAUAAUAUCAUCCUAAAUGUAGCUUGGAUCGUAUUAUUUCUUAUUUGUUUUUAAAACAAAAUGAUAUUAAUGGUAAGACAUUUAGUCAAAGACGUAUCUGUAAAUUAGAUGCAACUUAAACUUUUGAUGGUCCUGCUAAAUGUAGAGUUCUUAAAAUUCAUCCUCCAGAUGCUAAUAAAAUUAAUGGAUGGUAAAAUAUUGGUGGAGAAGUUUCCUAUGAUUAUAAUAAUGGAUGGAAAACUAGAUUAGCUGAUAUAUGUACAGAUAUUCAUGAAGAUAUUAACAUUAUGAGAAAGGUUCUCAUGGAUGAAGGAGAAUAAAAACAUAAUUACAAAGCCAGAAUAGAAUAUCUUAGAAGAUACAUUGAAGAAAUUAAUAAAAUGUAUCAUAUUGCCAAUCUUAAAGAAGAUCUUAAGAAAUUACGUGGCAUUUAUAGGAAAAGUAGAGAAGAAAUCAAAUCUUAUGUUAAAUUUAAAGGUACUAGAUUCUUUGAAAUCAUACCACAUUUAAAAUAGGUCUCUAAAACACCUACUAUAUUAGAUGAAUUUAAAGUCUUUAAACCUCUCUGUGAGGAAGAAUUUGUAGAAAAAUAAAAAUAUCUCGAUGAUUUAUUCAAACAUCUUAAUAAAAAGAAUCAGUAAAAGGAAAUCAAAGAAUAAUUAGAAUAACUUGAUUAAUUAGAUUAAAUACUCUAAUAAUCUGGAAUUAAAAUUGAUCCAAUUUAACCAGAUCCUUUUGCUUCUAAAGAUAUUACUGUUAACAAAGAAAUAGAAAAGAAAUUUGUUUUCGAAGAAUUUAUAGAAGAAUCCAAAUAAUAUGAAGAUGAAUAAGAAGUCGAAUAAUAAGAUGAAAUCAUUGAAGAAACUGAAAAUACCAAAAUUAAUAAUUAAAGACCUAAAAGAGCAUUUAGCUAAAUUAUUACAAGCAAAUAAUAAGAUAAAAAAAGUGCUGCUCAAGAAUUCAAUUCUUAGCAUUACUUAUUUGAAGUAAAAGAUGUGAAUUCAUUUGGUUAAUAAAUUCGAUUAAAUAGAUUAAAUAAGAUUAUGAAUGAAAUGUUUAAAGAUUAAAGAAACUUCUCUUAAGAUCUUUAAUAAUAUUCAUAUAAUCAUAUUAAACCUUAAACUGUCUCAAAUAUCUCAUGCGACAAUCUUUAAAGUCUCUAACAUGUAAUAUAUAUCUAAUUUUAAAUAGAAAUUUAUUGUAAGUAGAGAAAAAGAAUUAAAAAGGAUGAAUAAAUAAACUACUUAAACAAAGUAUGAAAUUGGCAAACGAAGUUCAGUUCAUGUUUCUGCAUUUUAUUCUACUGCAACUUCAAAAUAAUAACUAAAAUUUUAUUGA